CCAGCCGCGUACUGGCGAGCGUCUCUCUCGUCCUCAGUUUAACAAAUGUAUUUUCUUCUCUUUUCAUAUCCCCGGGCUUCAGUGACUACGGCACUUUGCCGAUCUUAAUCAAAGUCCGCUCUUCAGCAGACUACCGGCACGGAAGCUAGCAACUCCCAUGAAGAUGCAGAUUGCUUUCUGCCUCAGAUGCUGGUGAGGUGAUUACAAUCUAGUAGAAUAGAUCGCCCGUUUGCUUUCCGGCCAGGGAAAGUAUUGAAUGGUUGGCCGAGAAUAAUUGCUAAUAAAGCUAGAUGGCGCAUGGUGAGGGGCCUGUUCCUUUCAAUGAACUGUCGAUUUGUCAGUUAGCUGAGCGGCAUCUAUAUGGGCCUAAUACUAGUGAAGAGGUCAACCCAGUGAUCGGACAGCAGGUGCUCGCACAUGCGGAUUUGACGCGCCAUCCUCGUGGUUGGAAUGUGGGGUCUACUCUUAGUGACUAUUCUUUUCAUCCACAAGCACCUUAUCCUAAACCUGAUCAUGAAGCCUACACCCUAGGGAUCAGGAUGGUAGCAAAAGGUCUAGGUUGGGAUGGUCACACAGUCGAUUAUGUUCCGCAACCCAAUGGCUAUGUUGAGUGGGGCAUCUCUAUAUUGAAUAACCACUCGUUUUGUUUGAAAGGAAAAGCGGAGAACACCGAUUACAUAUAUGGGGCUAUUUAUUGCUCCCUCGGUGAGUAUGAAGUUUCAGAUUCGCUACUGAGGUCACUACUGGAAAGAUGGGAUCCAGAAACAAAUACUUUUCUUUUUUCAUCUGUGACUCUGCUUGACAUGCUUCUAAUGUCAGGUCUUCCUUCAGUUGGAGAUCCAUACGAGGAAUAUGUUCCCUCUAUAGAUGACCUAGAACCUUCAAAGCUUAUGUUCCCAAAUUUCUUAUCUGGCCUUUUAGAAGAAUUCUCUUGGCUCAGCCGCGAAAAUGGAAGUGUGACUUUUCAAGUUUGGUGUGACCAUUUCCAUAACAAACGCGAACGCACUUCAUCUUUCACCUCCCUUCGGGAACAACACAUGUAUGUUGCGGCUUUUAUAGCCCACUGGCUUUGCUCUUACGUGGUUGUUGGUGGGGGGCCUUACAUUCGUCCCGGUGUCCUUCUUAUGGCCUCUUGGAUCGUUUCGGGUCGCAAGAUCUCUUUGGCUCCCUCAGCACUUUGUUCAUUGUAUUAUUCUCUUCGAAGGAUCAGUAUGCACCCCGUUGCUCCCUCUUAUGAGAAAAGACUUUGGCCAGUGCAUUAUAUCGCGGGGUGGAUGGGUCUCUAUUUGAGAAAACCAUUUACGGACAAAGUGAAAGGGAAACAUCUUCUAGAUGUUAAGCAAUUGCCGAUGCAACCAACCAUGGUUAAAACUAUGUUUCGGGUUCCCGUAACUUUCACUCCUGCUAAGGCACGCAUUUUCCUUGAUGACCGAGCCAAUAUUUUUUGGAAUCCUUAUACUCCAAAGAACUUGGUCGGGGUGGAUCAGUUGCAAAGAUCUUUCACCAUUUCUUCACAUCAGGGUAUGCUUCCAUGGGGGCGUGCUACUGAUGUUGAUGAUCUUUGCAUAGCGGAGCCAUAUCAUCCUGGUCGAGUUGCACGACAACUUACUUUGAGACAACAAGUGCCCUAUGCUCCGUUAGUCAGCGUGUACACAAAGAAGGAUAUUGGAGUUGCAUAUGUGUAUUGGUCGCAUUUGAUACGCUCGGACCAAGGAGAGUUCCAGUACCUUCUUAACGAUGCGCAUGAGGCAUUUUCUCCUGUGGCCUGGAACAACUGGUGGGUGGGAUUUAUGAAACCAUUUAACAACAUAUUCAAUACUCUUCGUAUGGGCAUUUCGAAUGGUCCGAAUUAUAAUCCGCGGAAACGUAAUUUUCUUAAACACGGAGAGGAGUACAUAGUUCCUCGCAAGCUUUCAGAAAAUGAUUUUGUUGUUAUAAAGGAAGUCUCGGCCAGGGGUAAGGAAGAGCAUAUUGCAGCCCUCAAAUUGAAUGGCAAGAGAAUUAUGGACCACUGACGUCCCAUUCUGUGUGGCUUUCUCUCAAAUGAUGAACCUUUAAUCAACUCUAAAAAGAAGAAGCGAAUUUUAAGGAUGCUGUCGCUACUCAACCCAUGAAAUCUAUAGAGCAAAGUGGCGUACCAAAGUCUGUUAUUGUACUUGGUUCUUCCUCUGCUCAUCCAUUGCUAGUGGCUAGUGAUGAUCUUCCGGAAACUGCCCCGGCCACCGGCGGACAGAAGCGUAGAAAUUUCUUGCCCACUCAUGCUGACGAGGAAGAGAGGCUCCCCCUCAAGCGCAAACUUGAUUUUUCUGAAAAAUAUGAUUUUUCUGAACCAAUAACCUUGGACGGUCCGUCAUUAGAUGUUGAACUCAGUAGCCUUGUUAAUGAUGAAGAUUUUGGCCAUGUUCUCACAGGAGAAAAGGACCAUGGCCUUGGUGACCUUUUCGAUUUAUCCUUCAAGGAUUAUACCAUUGGCGAGUGUGGCACAAGUCGUCCACCUUCCAGCCCGGGUGUGUCUGAAGCUGUGCCCCAUACCCCUAGUGCUCUUGAUUUCUUGUCAACUUUACCUGGUUGUGACCAAGAAAUUCGCCACUCACAAGACCCUGAGGUGAUGGUUGUAUCAGGGAAAGGCGCACAGAUUGACUGCAGUUUCAUCAAGGACAUGUUUGUGGAUGCUACGGAUUUCGUAGUGAAAUGAGCCCUCGAAGGACUGAACGACUCUACCUUUGGUGAUCCCGAGCGACGCAUCAUGCUUGAGAGUGUUUCUCAAAUGCUGCCCACGCAAGUGCCUGAGGUAGCUAAGGUGCAGGCCAUUUUGGUCGGGCUUAUUGACCUUUCCAAGAAGUUGGAGGGUGGCCAGACCAAAUUCACGAGGGAAUCCGAGCGAGAUGAACAUGGUCUUGCUGAAGUAGAACUUAAGAUUAAGUCUGGACAUGAGGUUUCCAAGGCCAUAAUUGAGGACUUACCUGCCGUAGAAAAGAAGUGCACUGAAAUAGAGGCACGGGAAGCAGAGUUGAAGGCCCAGCUUGAAGAGGUUACUGCUAUUUUGGACAGGCUUAAAUUGGAAAUGGAACAGCGCCGACAAGCACAUGAUGCUCAUCAAUCUGAACAGAAGAAGUUGGUGAAGAGUCUACAAGAUACCAAUGCUGGCAAAUGUACAAGGCUUGCUGAAUUUAAACAAAAGACAGCAGAUUUAAAGACUGAAGCAAGUCAGUUGUUGAACAGCCUGCAGAACUGGCGAGCUCCUUGAGAAGGCCUAGACUUCGCUUAGUUUUUUUAUUUAUCCAUUUCAAUUCAUCGUUUCCCUUUGAAUCAUUUUAUGUUCAGUACUCAGUUUCACUUCAAAUGUAGCAGUACUUUGUUUAUUCACGUGGGAACUCCAAAUUUUAUGCAUGAUGUGCUAGUACGCCAGCUUUGACGUUGAAGCAUCCUUAUU